CCCAGCCCUCCUUCCUCCCCCAAAAUGAGGAAACGGAGCAACUUGCUCCAAGUUGUGCAGCCGGGGCCGCCUUGGGGUGCGCAGGCGGCGCGCGGGGGCCCUCCUGGGGGCGGGUGCGGGGUACGGCCCAGGGGCGCCCCCUGAACAGGGGAGCCCUCGCUUCCUCCACGCCUGGCACCCCUCACCCAGCUCAGCCAGGAUGCCAACGAGGCGCUGGGCCCCGGGCACCCAAUGCAUCACCAAAUGUGAGCACACUCGCCCCAAGCCCGGGGAGCUGGCCUUCCGCAAGGGCGACGUGGUCACCAUCCUGGAGGCCUGCGAGAACAAGAGCUGGUACCGCGCCAAGCACCAUGCCAGUGGCCAGGAGGGGCUGCUGGCGGCCGGCGCGCUGCGGGAGCGGGAGGCCCUUUCCGCUGACCCGAAGCUCAGCCUCAUGCCGUGGUUCCACGGGAAGAUCUCCGGCCAGGAGGCUGUGCAGCAGCUGCAGCCACCAGAAGACGGGCUGUUCCUGGUGCGAGAGUCCGCGCGGCACCCAGGCGACUACGUGCUCUGUGUGAGCUUCGGCCGUGAUGUCAUCCACUACCGUGUGCUGCACCGGGACGGCCACCUGACCAUCGACGAGGCAGUCUGCUUCUGCAACCUCAUGGAUAUGGUGGAGCAUUAUAGCAAGGACAAGGGGGCCAUCUGCACGAAGCUGGCGAAACCCAAGAGGAAGCAGGGCACCAAGUCAGCAGAGGAGGAGCUGGCCAAGGCCGGCUGGUUACUAAACCUGCAGCAUUUGACACUGGGAGUGCAGAUCGGAGAGGGGGAGUUUGGAGCCGUCCUGCAGGGCGAGUACCUGGGACAGAAGGUGGCCGUGAAGAACAUCAAGUGCGACGUGACGGCCCAGGCCUUCCUGGACGAGACGGCGGUCAUGACGAAGAUGCAGCAUAAGAACCUGGUGCGUCUGCUCGGUGUGAUCCUGCACCAAGGCCUCUACAUCGUCAUGGAGCACGUGAGCAAGGGUAACCUGGUGAACUUCCUACGGACGCGGGGCCGGGCCCUCGUAAACACCCCGCAGCUCCUGCAGUUUUCCCUGCACGUGGCCGAGGGCAUGGAAUACCUGGAGAGCAAGAAGCUGGUGCACCGAGACCUGGCCGCCCGGAACAUCCUUGUGUCCGAGGACCUGGUGGCCAAGGUCAGCGACUUCGGCCUGGCCAAAGCCGAGAGGAAGGGACUGGACUCCAGCCGGCUGCCAGUCAAGUGGACGGCACCCGAGGCUCUCAAACACGGGAAGUUCUCCAGCAAGUCAGAUGUCUGGAGUUUUGGGGUGCUGCUGUGGGAGGUCUUCUCAUACGGCCGGGCUCCAUACCCCAAGAUGCAUGCCCUUUGCCCACAGUCGCUGAAGGAGGUGUCAGAGGCCGUGGAGAAGGGGUAUCGCAUGGAGCCCCCCGAAGGCUGCCCAGGCCCCAUCCAUGCCCUCAUGAGCAGCUGCUGGGAGGCUGAGCCGGCUCGCCGACCGCCCUUCCGCAAACUGGCCGAGAAGCUGGCCCGGGAGCUGCGCAGCGCCAGUGCUUCGGCCCCCACUGGGGGGCAGGACGUGGACAGCUCCACCUCGCCUCACAGCCAGGAGCCCUGACCCUGCCCACAGGGCCUCAAGCCCCAGAGGACCGAGAGAGUAGGGGGUACAGGGUGGGGACUUGGUCCAGGCUUGAAGAGGAGCAGGGCCAGCGAGCUGCCCACCCGGCUAGCAUCGUAGGGGCAGGCCCAUGUGGGGGGCUGCGGGCCGCCCAUGGGCACCACAGCUCCGGGGAGGCGAAGAAUUAGCACCUGGAUAAAGACUGGUACCA